CAGCUCGGCCACCGACAUGCCAUCCAGACUCAGGAAGACCCGAAAACUUCGGGGCCACGUGAGCCACAGCCACGGCCGCAUCGGCAAGCACAGGAAGCACCUGGGGGGCCUCGGUAAUGCUGGUGGUUUGCAUCAUCACAGGAUCAACUUCGACAAAUAUCACCCAGGUCACUUUGGGAAAGUUGGUGUGAGGCAUUACCACUUAAAGAGGAACCAGAGCUUCUGCCCAACUGUGAACCUCGAUAAACUGUGGACCCUGGUCAGUGAGCAGACACGGGUAAAUGCUGCCAAAAGCAAGACUGGAGUUGCUCCUGUCAUUGAUGUGGUGCGAUCGGGCUACUACAAAGACUCUAAAAUUUCUUACUACCUAUCAUUUGAUACACGGAAAAACAAUGGAUUUUUUGGGGCUGAUUUUUGUUUCCCCAGAGAACUGAGAGUGGAUGGGAAAAAGUAA